AUGAGCAUCGUGAAGUUCAAACAACUGGACACCGGCCUUGUCAGCACGUACAGCGGCAUCGGCAUACUUUUAGACGGGAUCCUUGAUUUACUCUUUGCUCAAUGCAUUUGGUUUGCCAUGGUUGUCAUCAGCGGAAGGACCAGUCGGAUUCAGUUACAAGACGUGGAUCAAGCAAAAGGAGGGUGCUUUACGACCGCCAUGAUUAAGUUGAAGACCAGCUACAGUGCCUUGACAUCCACCACACGCUUCAUAGGAGCAAUUUGUUCAUCUUUCCAAAGACCAGAAACACGACCAAGUGGAUCAACAGCUGUGAACUCCAUCAUGACCAAAGCAGCACCACGCGAAGCAAACGAAAAGUAA